GCGCUGGUGUGGGGUCACGUGAGGUUAUGGGACCCGGAAGUGGCCGCUGUGCGUCGCCAUGCCGGGCUCGAGCACUCGUCUGCCCGACCGGUGGACAGACUAUGUCCCACUUGGAAGAAGAUUGCCUGGGACCCGCUUCAUUGCUUUCAAGGUUCCCUUAAAAAGGAGUUUUGAAUGGAGACUUGCCCCAGAAGAGAGAUUUUCUCCCACAGACCUUGUUAAGCAAAUCAAAGAGCAAAAAGAAGAACUUGGCAUGAUCAUUGAUCUAACAUAUACUACUCGCUAUUAUGGACCACAGGAACUUCCAGACACGCUGUGCUACUACAAGAUCUUUACCGUUGGACAUGAAGUUCCCGAUAAUGAAACUAUUUUUAAAUUCAAGUGUGUGGUGAAAAAUUUCUUACGGGAGAACAAAGAUAACGAUAAGCUUAUUGGUGUUCAUUGCACGCAUGGCUUAAACAGAACUGGCUAUCUUGUUUGCAGGUACCUUAUUGAUGUGGAAGGCAUGGAUCCUGCUGCUGCAAUUGAAUUGUUCAACGGAGCUCGCGGGCAUCAUAUAGAGAGGACAAACUAUAUUGAAGAUCUCCAGAAUGGACCCAUGAGAUUGAACAAUGGUAUAGAUUCCUCAAGGUUUGACUUGAUCCAAGGAAAAGUCAGGACUACACCGAGUAUUGGUACCUUGGUAGCAGGACAUAAACCACAUCAUUCGAAGCGGCUCACGUUGGUGACACGUUUAACCCCACACCCCGUCAUGACUUACAAGACCUGUUAUGACAGCAGGAGUUCUGAUUAUUACCAGGAUUUCAUCCCUCCUGACAAUCUGGCCUGGCAAACUUCACCUUGCAACAUGGGAUCUGUGAACUACCCCAUUCCCAUCGCUUACAACAAACACGAAGGAUCGUGCUACCCAGUGCAGAGUUAUUCCCAGCAGUUACUACAGGGAAAACUGAAAAGUAAAUCCAGAAGACGCAAUAGGAAACGCAAAACCAAAUGAUGGAAGAGCUUCCUCUACCAGAAGGACUUGGUACCCUGCUGAAUAAAAUGCUCUUUGGUGUGAGUUUUCCCAAGGGGAUUAUUUAAUUAUGAACCUAAUUCAUUUAGACACGUUUGCUGUGAUGACCACAAGCUGCCAGUUAACAGAAAGGAAAGAACUGGUUUUAACAUUGAGACUGUUUUAAAAGGUUUUUUCUCCCUCCAAGCAUCUUCGCAACUUGCAUUUUUUGCUAUAUUGCAACCCAGCGACAUCCACAUUAAAGUGUUGGAGCAACUUCUGAAGGGAGACUCCAAAUAAAUCUGGGUCAGAAUAAGCGGUCUUCCACCUUUACAUAUGUCUUUUUAAACCCCAGGGGACCAGUGUUUACAUGCAUGCCUUCCAGUACUCUGUAUCGAAUACAAGUGUUCAGGCAGUGUCCGGAAAGGGAAGCCAAAUAGUACUGUUUUUACACAGCAUAACACAUUUUGUUUAAUAUUUUUAUAUGUAUUUUUAACCUGACAUUUUAAUCUUUUAAGUAUAACAAGUAAAGUUCAUGGUUCGUAACCAACCUUGGCCAGUAGUUGAAGGGAACAGUGCUAGGUGGGGGGCUUUUUUCCACUUCCCAGAAAUCCAAUCUGUGCAAACCACUACUUCUAUCUCUCGGAGAGACCAGCAUGAACACGGGUUUCUGUCUUGCUCCGGGGGUGACCAGUCUUAGAAAUGUAUGAGCUUUCAUAUCUGUAAAACUUGCCUGUUCCUGCUCUGUGGAUUCAUGGAGGAGACUUGCAUGUCUAAGGUUUCUAAUCUUGUUGCUCUUUUUUCUCCCCACUUUAAAUUCAUAUAAGAAUGACUGAACCAUAGGCCAUGUAGUGAGAUGCCAUCCCAGAUGUACACAGUUACUAUUAAAAUCUGGACAUAUGGUCACUUAUUAAGUAAUGUCCCCUUUGCUCUAAGAACAAAUUGUUGCUUCUCCUCAGUGUAAGGAUGGUAUGAAUCUGUCCUCAGCUUGGCUGGGAUAAUCUUGCCAUGCACAUUAAGUUGCUCCAAGUAAAGCAGUUGAAUAAGAGUAAUGAAGUCUCCUCUCUGACUCCUGAGUGUGGUAUGGACAGGGUUAGGGUGUUGGCAUCAUGAUUUGCUAACCUCCUUGUGAAGUAAAACCUUUCACAUGGCUGCCAUCCUCUAUCCAGACUGUCCGAUGCCUAUUGAGUUCAUCACUGGUGGAAGAUUGAUUUAACAGUGUGCGUUCCUCAGGUAUAUAAGCUGUUUUCUUAUUUAAGUUUUUUUGCAUCUCUGAAGGUAUUCACUGCAGCUGUUGGCUGAAGUGUGUGUUGAAUUAGAAGCAACGAUUAAGUUUAAUAAAGUGUGUAUGAUCUUCCA